AUGGAACAGGAGGCAUUCUCCUGUCCCAUUUGUUAUGUAGACGAGGUGCCCGAGGACGACCAACUGGUCUUACCCGAGUGCGGCCACCGGUUCUGUGCGCUGUGCCUCAUCGCCUGGGCAGCGGUGCGCCCGACAUGUCCGCUGUGCAAGGGCGCUUUUGAGGCAGCACUGGUGCGUCGGCUGUUGGACGGUACACCUCUCGCGCCGGGACGCUGGCAACUGGAACCUUUACCACUGCUUCGACGAGCGCCGUGGCUGGUACAACGCUACGGGCUCGCAGCGCACGGCGGGUACGCAGGGUGCCGUGGAGACGCCCUGACGUCGUCAGCAUCAGCGUCAGCAUCAGCAGCUACUGCUUCGUGGUUCGCUGCGGAAGCGCCAGGUGCAACGAGUGCUACCGCCACCGCUGCCGCCGCUAUUGGCGUCGCCGUCAACGACGAUGAAGACGACGGGGAAGAGGCUCGCGAGCAAGCCUUCUGGGAACAGGAAGCCUACGAGGCCGAGUUGCAAGCGAAUCGGUUUCUGUUCGGAAACCGCCGCUUUGGAGCCGGCGGGUACAUUCGUGGAGAGCGGCUUUACGGACGGCCAGUGCGACCGCACCGUCGAAUGGGGCGCAAGCAGCGGUCGGUUUCAUGA